GCCGCCCCGCCCGCCGCCCAGGCCCAGGCCGCGAGUGCCCGCCGGCCGCUUCCGCUCUCGGCGCAGGCGCUGCAGCUUGGCCAGAACGGAGGGGGCUCAGGAGAGGAGUGGACGCCGCUGGCCAGGAUGGUGCUGGAGAGCGUGGCCCGCAUCGUGAAGGUGCAGCUCCCCGCAUAUCUGAAGCGGCUCCCAGUUCCUGAAAGCAUUACCGGGUUCGCUAGGCUCACAGUUUCAGAAUGGCUUCGGUUAUUGCCUUUCCUUGGUGUACUCGCACUUCUUGGCUACCUUGCAGUUCGUCCAUUCCUCCAGAAGAAAAAACAACAGAAGGAUAGCUUGAUUAAUCUUAAAAUACAAAAGGAGAAUCCGAAAGUAGUGAAUGAAAUAAACAUUGAGGAUUUGUGUCUUGCUAAAGCAGCUUAUUGCAGGUGUUGGCGUUCUAAAACGUUUCCUGCCUGCGAUGGUUCCCAUAAUAAACACAAUGAAUUGACAGGAGAUAAUGUGGGUCCACUAAUACUGAAGAAGAAAGAAGUAUAAUAAUAAUAUUAUAACAAUAUUUUCUCAUUCUUUGUGUAUAGAAAAUUUUAAAAUGGUGGUCUUAAUUAUUACUGCUGGUUGAACAAUUAUCUCUUCCAAUUUAUUUUCUUGCUGCACUGCAUUACUGUUUGUAUUUGAUCCUUUGUAUAUUCAGUCACUUAAUUAGAAAUUAAAUUGUCAAGCCUCUUAUUCUGACUUCAAAGAAUUAAUGUAUCUUCCAACAAUAAAAUCACUUCUGAUUUUAAUUUAGGAAAACCUAAAUUGUGGCUAUGGAUCCAAAGCUGUUUGUUUCUUUGAAUAUCAAUAUUUUCAACAGGAUCUUGUAUUUAAAAUUCCCACCUACAUUGUUAAAUAUAUUUUUUUUAUAUCUCUUUUGGUUUUGAUAAUCUGAAGUGUGUUUUUCUUCUUUUGGCCUCCCAAACUUCAUUUGUUUAGAUGAAUUAAGAAAAAUAUUGCCAUCAAGAAUUACUUGUGUUUUCACAGAGAUAGACUCUACUUUAUAGAGAUUGUUGUGUAUUUAAUAUGAAUAUCCUAACUUUAGAAAAGAAGUAAACUGGAUAUAAAAAGUUCCAUUGAGAAACAGUUAUUUACAGCAUAAAAGAUUUGUUUACUUUACAAAAGGCUUGUGUCUGUGUGUGUGUAUAUAUUUUAAACUAUUUGACUCAGUGACAGCUGGGGUGGAAUGGCAAGAACACUCACAACCAAAGUCAUGGGCUGCUGCAAUUUGAAGAUCAAUUAGUAAUAAACAUAAGACGUAUUAAUUCAUAUUAAAAUGAUAGUUCAGUGUUGUGUGCUUACAUGGACAUUUUUCUCUUUUUAACACUAUAAACCAUUAAAAUACAGUCAUCCCUUGUAUACGCUGGGGACUGGUUCCAGGGCCGCACGUAUACCAAAAUCUGCCCAUACGCAACUCCCACAGAAAGUCUUGCAGAACCCAUAUGUAGAAAAGUUGGCCCUCCAAUUGACCCUCCAUACACAGGAGUUUCACAUCCCAUGCAUGAAUGCUGAUCUGUGUGACCUCACCUGCUUUUGACUGAAAAAAGUAUGCACAUAAGUGUACCCACCCAGUUCAAACCCACGUGUAAGGGUCAACUGUACAAAAAAGUUUGCACAAUAAAUGUACUGGAGAAUCUUUAAAA